CGGAGCCGCGCGCGCCCCCGGCCGGACGAGCCGCUGGGCGCCGGGGAGAAGCCGCGGGAGCCCGCGGGGACGCCAUGCGAGCCAGGGGCCAGCUCCCCGCCUGGCUGACAGCACUGUGUAGGGCAGGUGCCACUGCAGGAGCCGCAGGCCGAGGAGACAUGGACCCCUAGCGGCUCGCCCGGGUGGAGUGCGACAUGGCGGCGCAGCGGAUCCGAGCGGCCAACUCCAGCGGCCUCCCGCGGUGCAAGUCCGAGGGGACCCUGAUGGACCUGAGCGAGGGGUUUCCGGAGACGAGCCUCAGUGACGUCAAAGUGCCUUCCCCCAGUGCCUUGCUCGCGGACAGCCCCACGCCGUUCGGGAACGCGAAGGAAGUGAUCGCCAUCAGGGACUACUGCCCGACCAACUUCACCACCCUGAAGUUCUCCAAGGGCGACCACCUGUACGUGCUGGACACGUCGGGCGGCGAGUGGUGGUACGCGCACAACACCACCGAGAUGGGCUACAUCCCCGCCUCCUACGUGCAGCCGCUCAACUAUCGGAACUCCACCCUGAGCGACAGCGGCAUGAUCGACAACCUGCCCGACAGCCCGGACGAGGCGGCCCGGGAGCUGGACCUGCUGGGGACGUGGGCAGGCGAGCAGAGGGGCCCGGGCAGGGUGCACAGCAACAACCCGUUCUGGACCGGCGUCCAGACGAACCCCUUCCUGAACGGGGGUGUGGCGGGCGUGCCCAGCCUGGACGAGCUGAACCCCAGGAGCACCGUGGACUUGCUGCUUUUUGACACCGGUGCCCCCUCGUUUACCGAAUCCAGCUCAGCCACCACCAACAGCACCGGCAACAUCUUCGAUGAGCUCCCGGCCACCAGCGGGCAGCCGGCGGAGGCGCCGGCCCGGCGGGACAACCCCUUCUUCAGGAGCAAGCGCUCCUACAGCCUGUCGGAGCUCUCGGUCCUGCAGGCCAAGGCGGACGCGCCCGCCUCCGCUGGCUUCUUCACGGGGCUCAAGUCCCCGGCCCCCGAGCAGUUCCAGAGCCGGGAGGAUUUCCGAACUGCCUGGCUGAACCACCGGAAGCUGGCCCGGUCUUGCCACGACUUGGACCUGCUGGGCCAGAGCCCCGGCUGGGGCCAGACCCAAGCCGUGGAGACGAACAUCGUGUGCCGGCUGGACAGCUCGGGGGGCGCCGUGCAGCUGCCCGACACCGGCAUCAGCAUCCACGUGCCCGAGGGCCACGUGGCGCCUGGGGAGACGCAGCAGAUCUCCAUGAAGGCGCUGCUGGACCCGCCCCUGGAGCUCAACAGCGACAAGUCCAGCAGCGUGAGCCCCGUCGUGGAGGUCCGGCUCAGCAACCUGGAGGUGAGGACCUUCCUCACCCUGGAGAUGAAGGUCUCCGCCGAGGUGAAGGGCGACCUCUACAGCAAGAGCGCCGUGGGCCUGCAGUGCCUGCGGAGUGACGCCAAGGAAGGCCCAUACGUCGCUGUGCCACUCGCCUACAGCUACGGGGACACGGUCCAGGUGCAGCUGGACAACCUGGAGCCCUGUAUGUACCUGGCCGUCGUCGCCCACGGCCCCAGCAUCCUCUACCCCGCCACCGUGUGGGACUUCAUCAACAAGAGGGUCACCGUGGGUCUCUACGGCCCCAAGCACGUGCACCCCUCCUUCAAGACGGUCGUGACCAUUUUCGGGCACGACUGCGCCCCAAAGACGCUCCUGGUCAGCGAGGUCACCCGCCAGGCGCCCAGCCCCGCGCCCGUGGCGCUGCAGCUGUGGGGCCGGCACCAGUUCACCCUGUCCCGGCCCCAGGACCUCACCGUCUGCAUGUUCUCCAACAUGACCAACUACGAGGUCAAGGCCAGCGAGCAGGCCAAGGUCGUGCGAGGCUUCCAGAUGAGGCUGGGCCGCGUGAGCCGCCUCAUCUUCCCCAUCGCCUCCCACAACCCCGGCGAGCUGUCCGACUUCACGCUGCGGGUGCAGGUCAAGGACGACCAGGAGGCCAUCCUGACGCAGUUCUGCGUGCAGACGCCGCCGCCGCCCCCCAAGGGCGCCGGCAAGCCGGCGGGGCCCCGGCGCUUCCUCAAGAAGAACGAGGUGGGCAAGAUCAUCCUGUCGCCGUUCGCCGCCGCCGCCAAGUACCCGACGUUCCAGGACCGGCCGGUGUCCAGCCUGAAGCUGGGCAAGCUGCUGAAGACGGUGGUGCGGCAGAGCAAGAACCACUACCUGCUGGAGUACCGCAAGGGCGACGUGGUGGCCCUGCUCAGCGAGGAGCGCGUGCGGCUCCGGGGCCAGCUGUGGACCAAGGAGUGGUACAUCGGCUACUACCAGGGCCGGGUGGGCCUGGUGCACGCCAAGAACGUGUUGGUGCUGGGCAAGUGCAGGCCGGGCCUGGUGGCGGGGCCCGAGCUGAGCACCGCCGUGCUGCUGGAGCAGAUCCUGCGGCCGUGCAAGUUCCUCACCUACAUCUACGCCUCGGUGCGCACGCUGCUCAUGGAGAACAUCAGCAGCUGGCGCGCCUUCGCGGACGCCCUGGGCUACGGCAACCUGCCGCUCACCUUCUUCUGCCGGGCCGAGCUGGACAGCGAGCCGGAGCGCGUGGCCUCGGUGCUGGAGAAGCUCAAGGAGGACUGCAACAGCGCCGAGAACAAGGACCGCAAGUCCUUCCAGAAGGAGCUCAUGAUGGCGUUACUGAAGAUGGACUGCCAGGGCCUGGUGGUCAGACUCAUCCAGGACUUCGUGCUGCUGACCACGGCCGUCGAGGUGGCCCAGCGCUGGCGGGAGCUGGCCGAGAAGCUGGCCAAGGUCUCCAAGCAGCAGAUGGACGCGUACGAGUCUCCGCACCGGGACAGGAACGGGGUGGUGGACAGCGAGGCCAUGUGGAAACCCGCCUACGACUUCCUGCUCACCUGGAGCCACCAGAUCGGGGACAGCUACCGCGACGUCAUCCAGGAGCUGCACGUGGGGCUGGACAAGAUGAAGAACCCCAUCACCAAGCGCUGGAAGCACCUCACGGGGACUCUGAUCCUGGUGAACUCGCUGGAUGUCCUGAGGGCGGCCGCCUUCAGCCCCUCAGACCACGAGGACCUGGUGAUCUGAGCGGCGCCCCUCCCCGCCCAUGCCUGGAGCACAAGCCCACCCACCGCCCGCCAGGUGCCCGGUGCCCUGGGUGCCAGUGCAGUCACCGCGGAGCUGGGGAGGGGCGGGUUUUCGACUGCAGGUCGUUGCCAAUCAAAUAGCUUUCUGUUCGUCCAGUGUACAUUGAAUUGGAAAAUCACGUUUUUUAAUGAAUGAGGGGAACAUAUGAGAAAGGUGGUAUCUAAUUUUUUAAUGGAGCAUAAAGGUUUGGAAAAAAAACUUAGGGGCAGAUGCUGUUGGUUUUUAUGUUGUUCAAAGGCCUUUUUAAAUUAUGUUCCAGGUGUACAUAGGUAUUUAAGGGCCGCUGGGGCGAUUUCAGAACCCGGCGCCCACCGGACCCUCUCGUCCUCUCCUUGAAGAGAGGCCCGUGGCCACAAUCAUGCCCGUUUUCCCUGAGAGUCCAGCCCUGCUCUCUCCUCCUGCUGCUGUCUCCUUGGCCUCACUCUCCCCCGCGGUCAUCGCAGACUGGGGGUGGGGGGUGUUCCGUGCGCCGCAGUGAACGCCAAGCCCCUUGUGGGCAGGUGACUGCUCUGACACGCUUCUGCCGACAGCGUCGAGAGCAGCUGGGGUGGGGGUGGGGGCGUUGCUGUGAGUGGUGGGGCCUCUGCAGCCCUGGGUGGCCUGGGCACUGUCCCCCUGCAGGGGGUCGGGGACCACUUCCCACAGAGUCCGUCACCUCCUCUGGAGACAGGAGGAGAACCUGGCUGCCGAAUCCAAGCCCCGAUGGCCUCCUGCCCACCUCAGGCCCCCGCAGAAGUCCCGGUCGGCUCCGGGUGGUACCCUGUGCUGCUGUGCCCACGCGCCGGCCGCCGUGUGCCAAAUUCCACUGCUCAUCUCACUGAGACCCAGCCGCCUUCCCCUCCUGGUGCACCCAGCUCUCCCCGGAAGUACACAGCACAGGAGAACCACAUUCUGUCCAACACAGACGAUCCGAGCAGGGCGUCCCCCGGAAAACCAGGAGCCUGGGGAAGGGUCGCGCUAAUCAGCUUGCAGCAACUCCGUUGUAGCUCAGCCUGGAGCCUGCCAUGUUGAACCCCGCCAUUGCCUUGUGCUCGGGGCGUCUCUGAAGGCAGCGAGCGGCGAGGCUGAUGGCUGGCAGGUGCCCAGAGGGAGCUGAGCCCCAGAGAUGUGCCUGGACCCGCCCUGUCCCCCCCCAGGGCAGGGUGGCACCCUUUGGGGGAGUCCCUGAAUCUCAUCCCCGCUCACUCUCAUCUGGACAGGCAGAGUGGAUAGUGAGAGAGAGACAGACAGAGAGAAAGGUCUUCCUUUUUGCCAUUGGUUCACCCUCCAAUGGCCGCUGUGGCCGGUGCACCGUGCUGAUCUGAAGCCAGGAGCCAGGUGCUUCUCCUGGUCUCCCAUGUGGGUGCAGGGCCCAAGCAUUUGGGGCAUCCUCCACUGCACUCCCGGGCCACAGCAGAGAGCUGGACUGGAAGAGGGGCAACCGGGACAGAAUCCGGUGCCCCGACCGGGACUAGAACCCGGUGUGCCGGCGCCGCAAGGCAGAGGAUUAGCCUGUUAAGCCACGGUGCCGGCCUAAGCUGAGGUCUUGAAACACGUGGAUUGCAUGGUGUCGUCAACGCAGUCCCGUUGAGGGCUGAGCCACAGUCACGGAGCCACCCUCCCCAACACUGAAGACCCCCAGACUCAAAGGCCAGACUCCCGGACAACCCCUAUCACACGACACAGCCUGACGUCCUACGUCUCCGCCCUCUCCCCAGAGACCCCCUCUCUCCUUUCCCCAAAGAAGAAACAAACCAGUUGCACCUUAAACCAUGGAUGUUUUCCUCAGGGGCUUUACAUAGUUUCCUAUGCAACAUGUCUUGUAGCACAAAUUAAAUUCUACGAAAGUUGCAGUAAAUUUUAUUUGGAUAUUUU